UUAAUUAGCCUCAUUACCGACGAAGAAGAAGACUCCAUUACGUUCCUCUCGUUGAACACGCCGGGCGACUUUUGUCUGCAUCCCCUGUUUCUCCUCCCACGUUCGAACGGCGCGACAAGGACCAUCGUCCGCUCUGCAGCCGCAUAGCGACGCAGGCCACGAGGUUGGAGGACCAUAGCCGUGUUCCCCGCUUCACGAGGCAGCUCUUUGAUCGCCAUACCCACCAUUGAGCUCUGCUUCUAGAGAGGCAGAGGCAGGGGCAGAGGCAGAGCAGAGGCAGAGCAAAGAGGGUUCGGGCGUUUGAGCAUCGUUCCGAUGGCCAGGUGCUGCAGCUUCACGGCGACGAGGGACCAGUGCCUCCGCUUCUCCUUCUCGCGGUCGGGCCUCAAGUCCACCGUCACCGACCUCGGCGGCGGCACGGUGAUGCACUGCUGGGUCCCCAGGAGGCCCAAGCCGGCGAGGCCCGACCUCGUCCUCCUCCACGGCAUCGGGGCCAACGCAAUGUGGCAGUGGAACGACUUCGUCUCCCCGCUCGCCGCACGCUUCAACGUGUACGUCCCCGACCUCCUCUUCUUCGGGGACUCCUACACGACGAGGCCGGAGCGGAGCGAGGAGUUCCAGGCCCAGUGCGUGGUGGCGCUGAUGGAGGCGAUCGGCGUGAAGAGGAUGAAUGUGGUGGGGAUGAGCUACGGAGGGUUCGUGGCGUACAGCGUGGCGGUUCAGUUCGGGGAGAGGGUGGACAAGCUGGUGCUGAUCUGCGCGGGGGUGUGCUUGGAGGACAAGGACAUGGAGGAGGGGAUGUUUCGGGUUCGGAGCGUGGACGAGGCGGUGAGCGUGCUGCUGCCGCAGCAGCCGGAGAAGGUCCGGGACUUGGUGCGCAUUUCGUUCCACCGGCCGCCCAAGCGGAUGCCCAAUUGCUUCCUCCAGGACUUCAUCGAUGUGAUGUGCACAGAGUAUCUUCAAGAGAGGAUAGAAUUGAUUGUUGCUCUACACAAGGACAGAAAACUUUCUAACCUACCAAAGCUAGCUAAGUCGCCGUUGAUCAUUUGGGGGGAGCACGAUGUUGUAUUUCCAUUGGAGUUGGCUGAAAGAUUGAAACGGCAUGUGGAUGGAAAUGCACAGCUGGUGGUCAUCAAGGAUGCAGGGCACGCCAUCAAUGCAGAGAAGCCCAAAGAGAUGUACAAGAUCUUAAAAACUUUCCUCGUCGAUCCCCCCACUUCAGAUGAGAAGGGAAACCAGCUGAACGGGCAGAAGGCGGACUGAAUGUAUUGACUUGCCGAGGUUUCGAUCAUAUGAUUCUUGUGGAACGUAUGGCAUUCAUAGGACAGCACUGGAAUUUUUGAAUUACUACUGUAAUGCAUGCAAGAUGAGGACAGCAAAAUAUAAUUAUAGAAUGUACAGAAAGUAUAUCUUUAUCCA